CAGCCGGGCUCGGCCGGGUUUUCGUUUGGUAUCUCCUGAUGGGGCCGGGGACAGGCAUGGCGCAGCGGCUGAACGAGCUUCCCGACCAUUCGGCGCGGGUUCGCGGGGCCGUGGCCGAGCUGCGACGGCGGGCGGAGGCAGAGCCCGGGCAGCGCUGGCCGCAGCCGCUCAGCGACGCCUUCCUGGUGAGGUUCCUGCGAGCCCGAGACUUCAACCUGGAUCUGGCCUGGAGGUUACUGAAGAAUUACCAGAAGUGGAGAAUUGAAUGCCCAGAAAUAAGUGCAGAUUUGCAGCCAUCUUCUGUCCUUGGUCUAUUGCAUGCUGGCUAUCAUGGAGUCUUAAGAUCAAGAGACCCAUCUGGAAGCAAAGUUCUAAUAUACAGAAUUGGACAAUGGGAUCCCACGUUAUUUACGGCAUACGAUGUGUUUCGUGUGAGUCUGAUCACGUCUGAACUCAUUGUAAAGGAGAUUGAGACUCAGAGGAAUGGAGUCAAGGCUAUCUUUGAUCUUCAAGGGUGGCGAUUUGCUCAUGCAUUUCAAAUCAGUCCAGCAGUGGCCAAGAAAAUUGCUGCUGUGCUCACAGAUUCCUUUCCACUAAAAGUUCGAGGUAUCCACUUGAUUAAUGAGCCUUUAUUGUUCCAUCCAGUCUUCGCUCUAAUUAAGCCUUUUCUCACUGAAAAAAUAAAGCAACGGGUGCAUAUGCAUGGAAGUAACUACAUUCAGAGUCUGACUGAACACUUUCCAGUCAGCAUUCUCCCACAGGAAUAUGGGGGGGAAGGAGACUCCUUUGAAGAGCUGGCCAAGGAAUGGACUGACUUCAUAAUGGCAUCUGCAGAUUAUCUCCAGAGCAUUUCUCUGGUUGCCCAUGAAUAAACUUAUGAGAGUAUUCUAUCAAUUCCUGAAGACUGGAAGUGGAAAUAAAUUUGAUAUGAAAUCUUUCUUGUAAACUUGAAAUCAUAGUAAAUGAAAGCAGAAUGGCUUUUCAGAGCAGAAUUACAAUGACUGCACUUUUAUACUAACUGGAGUAUAUCAGUAUGUAUGUCUGAGGAGACUACGUGUCUGAGGAUAUGUCUGAGGAUUUCUAUGUGUUUGUAACUGGUAAAGUUGCAUGCCAGUAGUUGUACAUUGUAUAUCAGAUAUUGAUAUUACUCCUGUUAAGUCUUAUAAGACAACUCAUCUAUAUUAAUGCAGUCCAGAACCUUAUGCUUAGUUCUUCUAUCUUGGCUUGUUAAGAUGAUAAGAUACAAAGCCAAGUAAUUAAAGUAGAACAGAGUAUAGAUGGGGUAGACUGGAAGCAGAAGUAUGAAUACAGGCCCAAUUUACAAGUAGGAGCCUGCGUUUCAAAUUGAUUCUCAGGGAAAUGGCUGUUUUGUUAGUUUGUGCUGCUAAGAUUACACAGUCAAAUUAUGAAUUAGUCAUCAGUACUGAAACAUUUGUUAUCUUUGUGCUGCUUAUGCAGCUUCCCUUUUUGUGCUAAUUGACACAGGAAUCUAGUAGUUCGCGGGGAAGAUGAGGAAAGUCCCAUAUACGUAUUCUUCAAAGGAAAGUGUGAAUCAGGAGGAACUGGUAAGAGAGUUAAAAAAAAAAAUCAAAUUUUGAUCUUUGUUCUUCAAAGAGAUAAUAUCUGUGGAUAAGCUAUAAGCAACUAAGUAAGGUGAGCACUUUUAAUUCCUGUUGUAGACUGCUACAGAGGUCAACUGCUCUUUGCUGGCUGCAGUAUCUGUCUUGCAAGGUGAAUAGUUCUUCACCCUACAAGAUCUAGAUUCUUUGUAGAUUAGAAACUUAGAAAUAACUGCUGUGUGGUCUAAGGGUGCUUUGGACCUUAGCCUCGGAGAUACCUAGGAGAUUCUUAUUUUCAGAAAAGUGAUUGACAACUUGCCAGCCUAUGUAGUGUUGGACACUGGAAAAAUUUGUUUUAAUUUCUGCUGAGUCCUCUUCUGUGUUUAUAUAAUGAAAAAAAUCUGUCUGUACUUAUGUUAAAGGGACAUGAUUCAUGUUUAACUGCUGCAUGUAUUACACAGCAGUAUUAUCCUACAUUCCCUAAGAUUUAAUAAUCUAAAAUGAUAAUUUAUUUUUCACUGUUUUUGUUUUUUGUAUGUUUUUCUUGUUGUUAAAAUUUCUGUUAAUACAGCAACUGCUGGAGUUUGUAUACACGGUUUUUAUCAGUUUUAUAACAGGACAGGGAGUGUUCACAUAAGUAUUAAACAUCUAGCAUUCCAUAUAAAAGUUCACCAUAACAAUGUACUUCUCAGGUAGUAGAAAUGCUAACUUCUGUUAUUUUAAAAUUUGUAGGACACUGGGAUGUCGUAUUAAUGUAUGUUUAGGAGAAAGAAAAGAGAAUAUCCUGUGAAAACAGAAGCAUCUUGUUUUACUUUAUCACUUUAUCAUUAUUGCAAAAGCCAGCAGAAGCUAUUUUUUAUUAGCAUAUACAACAUCUGUGAAAGGCCUACACAGUACGUGUUGGUCAUAGUUUCCUUUGCUACCUAAGGUCAAUGUCAGAUAGAACAUUCCUUCGAAACUGGCAAUGAUUUUCCUUUUUCAGUUAUCUCAUUUCCUCAAGUGCAUUCUCAUCCUUUUCUUUCAGGAUAUCUUUGAUGCAGAGCCUAAAUUCAAAUAAAUAUUUUUCAUAUAUUCAUAUAUUUCAUAUCCUUAUUUUUAUCUGAUUGAACUAUUUUGUGAUAUGAAAAAGCUCUUUAAAUAGUUCAGUUGAGGUGAUUAUUUUUAUAAAAAAAUAAGUAGUCAUUUGGCAGUUCUUCAGGUGUAUAACUCAAGUCCCAAGUAAUUUAUGGGACAGAGAACUGAAGCUAUUGCACUAACGUUAUGCUCUCUGUUUUAAUCCUUGAACGUAUACCAUGUAAAGGAAUGAACCAUGUUCCUGUGAACAGGUUCCUGUGAAACCAAUCUCUUACUGUUGCUAUUUUAUCUAACAGAAAGAAAUUUAAUUCCUUCAUUUGAUUGUGUAUGUAGAGAAAAAAUGUGUGGCUUUUAUCUUAAUUUGAACUAUACUAUAUCAAUGAAGUCCUAAAUAUCCUGAACCUAUUAUUAAAUGGUAACGUGGAUAUGUAAUGCAAUAGAGCACUGAGUACAGUUGUUUUUUCAUGAACUGUUAAUUAUUUUUAAUGUUUACAUGCAAAGUAGAACUUAGAAAUUCUGGACAAGGAACAACUGUCACUGCUGCUAAUGACAUAGAAUAAUCAGGAUAUUUGCAUAAUAAAAAGGAAAGUGUGAUGUGUGGAGGUAGGCCAGCUGCAAAGUAAAUAAACAAAAAUUUGUACAUGCCUUAUUCUUCUCUAGCAAGACCAGGAGUGCCUUUAAAAAAUAAACUUGCUGUUAAAUGCUGCUACUGCCUAUAAGCAUAAUUUAAUGCACAUUUUUAAUUUUUUUUUUACAUGUUAACAUAAUUAUAUUAAUAAACCUUUUCUAGUUCAACCAGU